GGUUAAUAUUAUUGAGUGGGACAUACUAGAUUGACGAAACGAAAAUAUGGAAAAUGAAUAACGAAUCGACGGUUAAAAUGGAUAAAGAGAAAGCUCUCGACUGGAUAUAAUGAAGAGAAAUGUGAUAUAUGCCCUAGUGAUAGUUGUUAUUGCCCUGGUAUAUUCAGCAUGUGGGAAGGAAUCGACUAAGCGUUAUAAAGAUGAGUCAUUCCCGGAUAGUCUGGAGGUAUUUAAUAGAACUAUAGCGUGUGGGGAUCACACCCCUGGUAGCUUCCCCUCCAAAACAUGGACUUGUGCCAACAUCAGUGUUGAUGGAAAUCGUCUAGCGUUUGGAUACAGUGACAUAAGCAUUGGUGAAUGUACGGAUACAAAAGGCAAACACGAGUUCAUGACUUUGUGUAAGGAAAUGCUGAAGCAAAUCGAUAUCUAUAAUCCAAUAUGGUCGGUUUAUGUACCAAAACCCACUUGCAAAAAAGAUCUAAACAAAAGAGCAAUACUGGUUAAAAAGGGAAAGAAAUAUAUAUGGGAGGAUAAAGAACCAGGCAAAGGAUACGUGUUGAUUCUACAGUGUAUGAUUCAAAUAUAACCUUGACCUUCCGGACCUUGACCUUUCGGCGCCUUGGCCUUAAUUUAAACCGAAAAGUCGCUGUUGUUUCUUUUUUAAUGUAUAUGGAUUAAUAACUAUGCCCUUUUAAUGCUAAUAGAACCAGAGAUCACGAGAGACAAACAAAAAAUGACUUAUAUCUUUAACGUUGUUCUUAUGACCUUCACCUCUUGAGAGCUUGAACCUUGGCCAUUGAUCGAAUGACUUUUUAAAGACCAGUGGUAUAAAGUAUCGGUAUGGUUUCUUUUAACGAAUCGGGUUCUUCCUUAUUUUUUGUUGUUGUAGUGUUAUUUACUUGGCAUGUUUUGCCUUAAUGUUGUGUUAAGUUACCUUGAACUUGUGGUAGCGACCUUGAACUUGUGGUGGCAACCUUGAACUCAUCUUAUCAUUCCCAUGUCGUUUUGUGAGACUGUAAAACAUCAUCGAAAUCGCAAUAAGUCUUAUUCAAAAGUUUAUUCAAUUUGAAACUUGAGAAAUUUGGUCUUCCUUUUUAUCAACUGGACUUUUGUGAUAAAAACUGUCUCGUGGAUGACGGAGUACAACAUGAAUUUAUUGAAAGCAAUAAGUGUAUCCAAACAGAGUAUAUUUUGUCAUUCCGUAUAAUUUGGGUAGUUAAUCAUUUUAUUGAAAUACUUGAUAAUGAUGAAAUAAUAGCCUUUACGGAUAACCUCC